CACCGCCUCCGCCAUUUCCGCUGCGGCUUCUCCUUCGCUUCGGAGCUCCAGAGGGCGAGCGCCACCGCGCCGAGGGGAGGAGGGGGCUAGGGCGGGGAGGGGACGGGAUGGGGUACCACCUCCUGGUCGCGCUGUCGCCGCCGCUCGCGUUCCGGUGCCAGCCUUCCAACGGCUGCUGCCGCCGUGGACGGGGGAGGCGGGGCGCGGCCGCAGUCGUCGCGUCGUCGUACGGGGAUGCCGGCCCGUCCCCGUCGUCGGCGGCGGCGUACGUUAUGGCGCGGCGGGCCGUGCUCCUCGGCGUCUCGGCGCUCCCGCUCCUCCGCGCCCGGGAAGCCGCGGCCGCCGCGGUGGCCACGCGAAGCAGCGGGGAUCUCGCCACGGUUUAUGGCAUAUCAUUAUCCCAAGGAUUUAUUAGAAGAAAGGGAGUCAAUUUCCCAAGGAUAGAUCAUCAAGCUCAGACUUGCUACAAAACUUUCAAGAUUGGACGUAAUACUGUCAUAUGUAGACCUAAUGAGGCUAUGGUUGAUGAAAAGCAGGAUAUCCCAAAGCCUGAUGAACCUCAGCCUGGGGAAACUCAACCUGAAAUUUCUCUACCUGAAGCUCUGCAACCAGAAUCAUCCCUGCCCGUCACACAAGAACAAACUCCUGGGAAUCCACUUGCUGGUCUUUUGAAUGCAAUUGCAGUUGUUGCCUCUGGCGUUCUUGCUGGACUGUAUGGCACUUCUCAACAGGAAAAGAAGGCCCUGGAAUCCGUCAUCUCAUCUAUGGAGAGUAAAUUGGCAGAAAAUGAGGUAGCGAUCUCUUCGAUGAGGGAAACCUACGAGAAAAGAUUGCUGGAUCAACAAACAACACAAAAGAAGCAAGCAAUGAAGUUUCAGGAGCAGGAAGCCUCUCUUUUAGAUCAGUUGUCUUCAACAAAAAAGGCAGUAACUUCCCUAAGUGAAGAAUUCAGAAGGGAGAAGACACUGGCUGAGGAGCUUAAGGAAGAAAUACAUCAACUAGAGAGUAGUCUGGCACAAGCUGGGGAUGACAAAGAUGUUCUUGAAGCCAAACUGAAAGAAAAGUUGGAUGCUGUCAACAUUUUGCAGGAAAAGACAAGUUUGCUUAGCCAAGAAAUUGAUAAUAAGGACAUACGCAUCAGGGAACUCAGCUCAUUACUUUCGUCAAAGGAAGCAGACUACCAUAAUCUGUGCUCUCUCUUGGGCCAAACUAAGGAGAGCCUAGAACUUGCAGAAGCUAAAAUACAGCAACUGGAGGAAGAGGUUCAUAGAACUAGAAAUGAUCUUGCAUCUAAGAUAUCUUCAAUUGAUUUACUGAAUGAGGAACUUCAAGCAUUGAACUCUGCAAAGAAUGAAGCUGAGGGAAAACUAAGCAAGUUAACAAAAGAUUAUACAGACCUGAAGGCUUCUUCUGAAGCAAGAGAAAGUCGUGAUUCUGAGCUGCUAUUAGAAAAAGAUAAUAUGAUCAAACAGCUUGACGGAAAACUCUCUGAUGCUUUAAGUGAUUCUAGCAAAGACCGUGAAACCAUCGCUGUGUUGAACAAGGAAUUGGAUGCCACCAAAGCAAUGCUAGAGAAUGAAGUUGCUGCAGUUAAAAGUUUAAGAGAAUCGCUUCAAUCCAAAGAAGAGUCACUGACAGAUUCCAGAAGUGAGGUAUCCAAACUUUCGGAGGAACUUGAUGAAGCAAAUAGAAUGAAUCAGGAACUAGUUCUGCAGAUUUCUAAACUACAGGAUGAGUUCAAUAAAAUGCAAGAGGAUCUUACUAAUAAACUAGGAGAGGUAGAGUCAGUAUCGAAAGCUCUGUCUGAUGAACUUGUCUCUGUUAAGGAGAUGGUUCAGAAGGGACAGGAAGAACUUGAAGCCACUUCUAAUGAGCUUGCAUCCAUUGUCGAAGCUCGUGACAACCUGAAGAAGGAAUUGCUUGAUGCGUACAAGAAGUUGGAAUCCACCUCACAGGAGCUUGUCGAUGAAAGGAAAACUGUCACUACUUUGAAUAGGGAGCUUGAGGCUUUGGUGAAACAGCUACAGAUGGAUUCUGAAGCACGAAAAGCCCUUGAAGCAGACCUGGACGAAGCAACGAAAUCACUAGAUGAGAUGAAUAGGAGUGCAUUAUCACUAUCAAAGGAGCUAGAAGAAACUAAUUCUAGGAAGGACACUCUUGAAGCAGAGAAAGAAAUGUUAUCAAAAGCUCUUGCUGAGCAACAGAAAAUCACAACUGAAGCUCAUGAAAACACUGAGGAUGCUCAGAAUCUUAUCUCUAGGCUUCAGACUGAGAAGGAGAGUUUUGAAAUGAGGGCUAGACAUCUUGAAGAGGAGUUGGCGUUAGCAAAGGGUGAGAUAUUGCGCCUAAGGAGACAGAUUAGUACAAGCAGAUCGCAGAAAGCACAAACUGUUCCAAGAACAAAUGCAUCUCCAGAGGUCAGUCAGGCUCCAAAGGACGAGCCAGUGAAUGAUAAUCAGAAUACCAGCAAAGUUGCUGCUGGUUCCCAAUAUACUGCAAAGAGGACGAGUAGGACAAGAAAAGGCGGGGCUUCAACAUGAACGUGCUUGGGAGAUUGAUAGGAAAGGGAUCAAGCUUUCAUCGCUUCCUGUUUAGUCAUCAAUGAUAACUUCAUUUUUAUACUGUCAUCCUUUGCAACUAUUAUAGUAUUAUUUCCAUUUGCUUCCUUGUCGCGGUGGAUACUUCCAAUUCAUUAGUUAUUCCUAUAUUAUGAGUUUUGGAAGUUGAGGAUCGAUGUCAAAUGCGUGUACAGAUAAAAUUUUGAGGGUCAACAUGAUGAAAUAUUUUUCCUAUAUGUG